CUCCCGGAUUUAUAAUACGAGAACAAGGGACACCCCCACAACAUUAAAAGGUGAGAAGCUCAAAGCCAACGAAGGGAAAAUGCUGUUUUCACAGCGUGGGAACUCACUGCCUCAGGAAAUGGUUGAGAACCAGGGAUUUAGCAGGACGGGACAUUGCCAUGGAGAAGCAAGGCUAUCCAGGGGUCCCAUAAUCACCCGCAGCAAACCUUUCUGGAGGGGCAUUAGCACGCACGCGCGCUCACCCCAUGGAGGCUGCGAGAGCGCAGGGUGGGAGCUGCCCUGGGGGCAGGUUUCCACACGUCUGCUCUUGCCCCUUCCUGGAGCACGUGCUUCUGCCGGAGCCGGGCCAGCCGGGGGCAGCGCAGGGAGCCGGGCCCUUGAGCGUUGUCGCUAGAGGUCUCUGGCGCGGGGAGGCGGCUCUCUCUGUUCUCCGCUCAGGAUGGGGGUUGAGCUUCCUGGGUCAGAGGCUGCUGCUGCCUCCAUUGUGAGCCCGGAUUCCUGCCCGCAGCUGAUCCGCUGCUCCCCGCGGGGUGUGCGCCAGCGAGCGGGCGGGGAGAGAGCCCCGAUCCCAGCGCCCGGCCGGGCUGGAGCCAGCCCCGCGCCCAGCCCCGGAGCCGCAGCCUGCAGCAUUGGCUGUCAUAUUCUGCUGGGAUCUGCUGGGUGUUAGCUAUACAGGGCUCCUGCCGUGAAAAGCCUCGCCAUCCAAUCGGGGAAUAGAAGCAACACCAUGUGACUUGGUCCAAGAGCAGAUGACAGCGCUGUGAGUGAGCACAGGGAGGUGAAUAUUUCUCCACAGGCCCCAAACCUGGGGUGCCAAUCACCAUCCGAGAUGUCGCCCAAAAAGUCCAAGGGGAAUGUGGCCAAAGCCCUAGAGAAGAAGAAGCCCAAGAACAAGCGCAAGUCGGAUAAGCCGAAGCGCAGCCCGCCUGAGGAGGAGACCCUGGUCUACCAGCCGCCGCCCAAGGGUGACAGGCCCAACCUGUGCUCCGAGUGCGGGAAGAGCUUCCUGCAUAGCUCAGACCUAGUGAAUCACCAGCGCAUCCACACGGGUGACAAACCGUUCAUCUGCACCGACUGUGGCAAGAGCUUCCGGCAGAGCUCCACGCUCAUCACCCACCAGCGCAUCCACACCGGCGAGACCCCCUAUGAGUGCAGCUACUGCGGGAAGAGCUUCCGAGUCAGCUCCAACUUCGUGCGGCACCAGCGCAUCCACACCGGCGAGAAGCCCUACAAGUGCCCCAUCUGCGGGAAGAGCUUCACGGACAAGUCCACCCUGACCCAGCACCAGCGCACCCACACCGGCGAGAAGCCCUACAAGUGUGCUGACUGCGGGAAGAGCUUCAGCCGCAGCUCCCAGCGCAAGCGCCGGGGCAAAUGCUCCCACCGUGGCGGGGAGGCCACCCUGCCCAAGGCCAAAGAGAUCAAGAUCAAAAAGCGGGCACCGACCAUCGAGACCCCCAACACGUGUGCCGAGUGCUGGCAGAGCUUUAACCAGAACUCAGACCUGAUAAAGCACAUGCGGAUCCACACGGGCGAGAAGCCCUUCAAAUGCACCCACUGCGGGAAGCGUUUCAGCGUCAGCUCCAACCUGACCCGGCACCAGCGCAUCCACACCGGGGAGAAACCCUACAAGUGCCCCGACUGCGGGAAGAGCUUCACAGACAAGUCCACCCUGACCCAGCACCAGCGCAUCCACACGGGCGAGAAGCCCUACAUCUGCAUCUACUGCGGGAAAAGCUUCAGCCGCAGCUCCCACCACAAGAGACACGAGAGAACCCACUCCGGAGAGAAGCUGAACAUCUGCAUCGAGUGUGGGAAAAGCUUCACCCAGAGUUCAGACCUUCUGAACCAUCAGAGAACCCACACGGGGGAGAAGCCCUAUAAAUGCAUCGACUGCGGGAAAAACUUCAGUGUCAGCUCCAACCUGAGUCGACACCAGAAAACCCACACAGGGGAGAAACCCUACAACUGCUCCGACUGCGGGAAAAACUUCACAGACAAGUCGACCCUGACUCAGCACCAGCGCAUCCACACAGGUGAGAAGCCCUACAAAUGCAUCGACUGUGGGAAAACCUUCAGCCGCAGCUCCCAGCACAAGAAACAUCUGAGGAGCCCUCCGGCAAAGAGGCAGGACAAAAGCACCCACCAGGAAAGUGCCACUGUUGGGAAGGUGAAAGAAACUAAAGUAUCUAAGAAAAAACACCUGACCAUCGAGAUCCCCAACACAUGCGCCGAGUGCUGGCAGAGCUUUACCCAGAACUCGGACCUGGUCAAACACAUGCGGAUCCACACGGGCGAGAAACCCUACGAGUGUCCCGACUGCGGGAAAAGAUUCAACGUCAGCUCCAACCUGAUCAGACACCAGAGGAUCCACACGGGAGAGAAACCCUACACGUGCUCUGACUGCGGGAAAAGCUUCACUGACAAAUCCACCCUCACCCAGCAUUACCGGAUCCACACAGGCGAGAAGCCCUAUGCAUGUGCUUAUUGUGGGAAAAGCUUCAGUCGCAGCUCCCACCACAAGAGACACGAGAGAACCCACUCUGGGGAGAACCCCGUGUCCUUCCUGCCCUUGUGGCCCUACCCCAGCCAGACAUACUGAAAUGAUCUCGUUGGUUCUGGGCAGCGGGGAGCUAAGAGCCCAGGAACCAAGUUUUUCACAAGCCCCAGCGUGAUUCAAUAGCAAAUCCCCAUUGUCUUACAAUGAGACCCAGGUUCCUAAGUCAGCUAGGCGUUGUGGUGCAGAAUGGAGCUACAUCUUGAGACCUGUAAGACUGGGCCACAGGGAGCUUGGGGCGUGGGUUGUGUGUCUCAUUAGAGCAGUAAGGAAUUAACUGCUCAAAUUCCCUGAGUAUUACUUAUUCUUUGUGAUGUGGCAGUGUGCAGCCACCUGAAUCACGGACAGGAAGUCUCUGUGCUCAGUGCAGCACAAACACAACAGAGGCUCCCUGCCUCCCAAGAGCCAAUGGGAUCUGGGUGCCUAAUGCACUUAGACCCAGGGAACAACCAUCACUGCACAGAGAAUAGGGAAGAGUUAGAUUGUCUGAGCCCCUGUAUCGUGAAUCUCACUCAAAUGUCACUAUAUCAAGGCUGGUUACUUUAAACUUUUAGCUCGUAAGAGGCUAAAUUCUUGUGAGUCCGAGUAGGCAGCAGGAGAAACCGAGGGACCCCCUGCAAUGGGUGGUGAGAGAUGAUCCCAGCGGAAGAUCCAUCCCCUGGGCCACCAAGGAAUGUGAAACCCCCCCAAGUCUCUGCACCAGGGGACUGUCCUUCCCUGACCUCACAUCCGAAUAUCAGUCUGAUCCUGGGCAUGCGAGCGAGGCCACCAGCCAGGCAUCUAGAGAGAGAAUCUGGCUGCCUCAGAGCACUGGCUCACUUCCCCUGUCCUGGGACUUGUGGUUUCAGGGAAGAUGAACAAGAAACCCAGAUACAUCUGGCCACUGGUGCAUCGGGGGAAAAAUUCAUCUCUGGCCCCUGCGGAGGAGCGGCUGAAUCCCUGUAGGAUGAGAUCUGACUGUCGUUUUUACCACGGUACAGCCAGGGCACAGGACAGCAGUAAGAUAAAGAGACGGGUCUUUGGGGCUCAGCAGAGAGCUGGUUCCGUACUUGGUUCACGUGGUCAUUGGCCGGGAAGGAUGAGUGGAGGCGGAGAGCGGAGCCCUGUUCCCAGCUUGCCUGGUGUGUACAGCACGAGUGGAUACCACCAAACUGAUCCCCUGGCACACAGUCCACAGAGAAAGGAGGCACAUAGGAAGCCCUGCAGAUCUGAACGCCCCAAACCACAGGGAAGCCCUGUAGACUUCAUCUGGAGCUAUGAAACUGGGGGCUUGGUCUGGGUUUAGCUUGCUCUUCCUGUCCCUGCUGGGAGGGUACAAAGGGGCUAUUCAGCUCGGCUUCUCCCCAGCACUGAUUCCCGACAUGGGCAGAUCCAUCAGUGCUGAUGCCUUUAGCAAAGAAGGUUUCUCACUCCUGCUUUCCUGUGUAAAUAGGUUCUCCCCCACCCCAUGUUGCUGGCUCCCUGUGCUGCCCCCCAGCCUGCCCGUGGCAUGUGGCUCUGAGCUCCAUCCUCAGGCAAAUGAAUCUCCAGUGAUGGAAACUUUGGGCCCCAAAUCACCCCCAGCUCCAGUUUGCCUUGGCGUCGAAGCCGAAGUGAGAAGAUGCUGGAGCCAGGGCCUGGGGAUUCCCCCAUUCUCCAGGUGGGAGCAAAGUGCCUUGAGGUGGGUUACGUUCCCCUUCGAUCACCCCACCCACCAGCCAUCGUCACCCUGCUCCUCAUAUCAUGCCUGGCCCAUUAAUUGGCAUCUUUGCCCCAGGACAGGGAGCCUGAUGCUGCUGUGGUUUUGCACCCCUGGGUCAGCUCAGGGGAUGCACCUGCAGAAUCCCAGAGACCAAAGCUGGAGCGGCUGCUCCCUGGGAGUCUGGGUGUGUGGGCGCUCCCCGCUGUCUCUGUUGUUUAUGCCACGUGUGUAGUUGCAAAGUAUGUUAAAUACAGGACGCUUUAUAGAGAACGUUCUAUUGAAAAGCCUCUUGCACCUUGGAAUACCCCAGCCUGCAUCAUUGUUGAGAUCUGGACUGUUAUGAGCACAGGGAACAGGGAUGACACCGAAAUGAGGUGCUGUGUAAACUACCCCCAUUGUAGUAUGGUUGGUGCCUGCUUGUAGGGCAGUCAAGAGCCGCCAGACACAUUACCUGCUCCAAACCCUGAUUUCUCUGCUCAGCCCGAACGUACCCUUCCUCUAGGGUUUCUGUUUUGCAUAGACGCCGCCGAUGCUCUUCUAGUAUCUGCCGACGCUCUGCUUCGUCCUGCUCCGCUGAUGCUGGAUGUGUGUCACGUGCACCUUUGUAAAGUAUCGUUAUUAAAUGGAAACCCGA